AUGGUAAAGUGUGACUCAGAGCAUGAGAUGCUCCGUCGCGCCUUGUCUCUCAGUUCACGUCGAUAUGCCCCCAUGGUCCCUCAUCAGACUCCGACUUCCUUUAAACCCUCCGACCUGAUUUCUCAAUCUAUCAAAAUAGUCCCAAAUCCCGUCAAUCGAUAUCUGUUUGGACCUUUGAAUACGGCCGGGCCACCUGGUCUCGAUCCAAUCUUCAGCAAACUUCAACUUCCCCCACUCAACGGUACUGUUCUCGAGCAUUUCAAACAUAUUGGACAAGAAUUGUUUGGCCCUUUUGAGACGCUACUGGAAAAGGCUGCGAAUUUGAAGAUACCAAAGAAACCAAAGACAUGGGAAUACAAGAUAGGAUGGACCAAAUAUUUAGAAGACGGUCGGACUGUCGCCGUUGAUGCUCCAGAUGCAGACCUUUUAUUCUUUGAUGUUGAAGUUUGUGUCAAAGAAGGUCAUCUUCCCACACUGGCGGUUGCUGUCUCCGAAACACACUGGUAAGUUUAACUACGUAUAAGUGAAUUUGUUUCAAGGUAUUCGUGGUGCAGUGGACGUCUUGUUGAGGAUACUCCGGUGCCUGAACGAUGCAGCUUGCAACAUUUGAUACCAUUAGAAGACGGAUCGCCCGACCCGAAGCUUGUUAUUGGUCAUAAUGUCGGUUAUGACAGGGCGAGAGUACGGGAGCAAUAUCCAUUGAAGGUAAUAUUUUAAGAACUGUUUUUUGUUGUCCUCAAAAAGACUUUUCAAAAAAACAAAAAAACCUCACUGUCCACAAAUUCACGUGUUACGCAGGAUGGAAAAUCUGAUGAUAUUGUACAUGCUAUCGCUGAUUAUUAAAGCAAAAACAUAUACAUUUUUUACAUCUGUUUUUCUAGUAUACUAGAAGAGUUUUUGUUACUCUAAAAACCAAUUAGAUUCUUCUGGAGCACCUUUCUGUAGCUUUUUUGAUUUGUGGACAGCGAAAAGUUUCUUUGCGAACAGUGAAAAGCGUGUACAAUAUUUUAAGUUUGUGACGUAUCAAAUUUAACACUGGUUAAAUACUGAUUUUAGGAAUCAAACGUGAAAUUUUGGGACACAAUGUCAAUGAAUACGAUAAUCCAAGGAAUGGCUGACCAUCAGAGAUUACUAUACGAGAAGAAGGAUGUUGAGGAUGUAUUGUAUCAGGUAAUCAUCCAAGAAAUCAUCAAUAAAUACUUUCACAGAUACCAUGGCUACAAUAUUGGAAACGGCGAGUGUGUAGGAAUUCUCUGGAAGAUGUCUAUGGAAAGUUUUAUCCCGAAAAGAGCGGAAGUCUUGAUAAAACAUAUCAGUCUGUAUUUGUGACUGAACCGAUCGAAGUAAUCCGAGCAAACUUUCAAAUACUUAUUGAUUAUUGCGCUGGGGAUGUUCAGGCCUGCAUUGAUGUCUACAAGAAGCUGUAUCCUAUGUUCAAAGAACGAUUUCCGAGUCCGAUUACUUCUCUGGGCAUGAUUAUUGUGGCCGAUGCCUAUCUUCCCGUCACGUCUAAUUGGAGAAAGUUCUUCGAAAAAUGCGAGAAUGAUGCUGAUAAAAUGAAUAACACAUCAGUAAAGGCUGUCGUUACAUCAGCAAGAGCGCUAGUAGAAGAACUGGAAAAUGAAAACAAGUAAUAUUUUAUAUAAUCUUAUAAAUUGUCAUCAUUUUUUAAUUAUUACGUAAUAGCAUAAUUGUUUGUAGAUUUGAACAAGAUCCUUGGUUGUGGGUAUCGGAUUGGCAAUGUAAAUAUAAAACGAUUGCUCGCCCAGCUUGGUAUGUGAAUCUGUUCAACAAAAAGUCUCUGGUCGAUUCCAAUGUGGAUGAACUGCACAGUGACCAUGUAAAAUUGAAGAGUUCUGACGUUCCCAGGAUCUUCGGACUGUGCUACGGGCCUUAUCCGAUAUUUCACAAGAGGGAUUAUGGAUGGGGAUUUUUGGUGCCGGCUGCAGGUAUCUUUUCAAUUACCUUUGUUGACAGUUGUUGUUUAGAGGAGGUACCUGAUGUUGUGGAAGUUCCAUUACAACGUCGGGAAACUGUCAAAUUCCCCGCAAGGUACGCAAAUAGCUUUAAAUUUAUUUUGAUGAUUUUUCAGACGAAUAUUCGAUUUGAUUGAAAAGAAUAAAAAAAAGGAGUUUCCUGAUGUCAUGGUUCCUCUCAGACCAGAUUCCAGUUUUGCUGGAUUUAACUUCUACAGACUUCCACACCCGGUGAGUACAUUUAACCUAAUAUAUUCCGUUUCAAAAGGACAGAGCCACUCGAUUUUUUAAAAAAUAUUUUGAAUGUAUGGCAUAUUGCCGAGUAAGUUUCAUAUUAUACCUCUCGAGAGCCACAAUGUUCUCUAACAGUGGCCAAAGUACAGGGUGUUUCAAGAAAUAUGACAGAAACUGAUUGCGAAUAUCUUUGAGCUCUUGGGAGUUAUCGCAGAAAUUCUUUUUGUUUCUAAAACUUGAUAUCGGACGGUUUUGUACUGAGCAAAAAAAAAAUUUUUCCAUCGGCGGAGAGGCCAGUUCUCGGCGGAGACAUUUGGGGCCUUUUUAAAAAAUCACACCUUAUUGCAUGGUGGAAACUCUGUUACAACGGCCAAAAUUAUGUUUACGUUACACCUCCGUGGAUUCUACGGUAUGCUUUUUUGCGUUUUCGAUUAUACGACCAUCCGCGGAGGCGCGGAGGAAACCUCAGAUUUCGGCGGACGUUGUUUUGGGCCCUCGGCUUUUGCAAAUUCAUCUUGAAAAAAAAGGUUGGGGUGAUUUUUUGUUGUCAUCCGAUGCACAGAUGGCAAAAAUUUCGUACUUUUUUUCCCGGCGCAGGAUUCGGCGGAGGCUUUAUCAAAGAGUCAAAACAGUCUUAGGAGCCCGGAAAAAAAUCAGCUGCGAGAAUCCAUCGGAGCAACAUCAUCUUUCUUAUUUUUUGGUCCGGCGGACAAAUCGGCGGAGGCUUUAUCAAAAGAGUCAAAUUUUUCUUUUGACCCUUUGAUAAAGCCUCCGCCGAAUCCUCCGCCGGGGAAAAAAAGUACGAAAUUUUUGCCAUCUGUGCAUCGGAUGACAACAAAAAAUCGCCCCAACCUUUUUUCCAACAUGAAUUUGCAAAAGCCGAGGGCCCGAAACAAAGUCCUCCGAAAUCUGAGGUUUCCGCCGCGCCUCCGCGGAUGGUCGUAUAAUCGAAAACGCAAAAAAGCAUACCGUAAAAUCCACGGAGGUGUAACGUAAACAUAAUUUUGGCCGUUGUAACAGAGUUUCCACCAUACAAUAAGGUGUGAUUUUUAAAAAAGGCCCCAAAUGUCUCCGCCGAGAAGCUGCCUCUCCGACGGAAAAAAUUUUUUUUUGCUCAGUACAAAACCACCCGAUAUCAAGUUUUAGAAUCAAAAAGAAUUUCUGGAAUAACUCCCAAUAGCUCAAAGAUAUUCGCAAUCAGUUUCUGUCAUAUUUCUUGAAACACCCUGUAAUCACUGGGCCGGCGGGACGGAAAGUCGUUUAUCAUAACAGUGUAUUUGGUUUACUGUAUCAUAUUACUAUGUGGAUAAAGUCCCGUUGCGAGGAUGUGACUGUCUUGAGACAGGAUUGGGCCGUUUCUUGUCCGCACCCCGGUUUUGUCCCCAAGACGGUUUUAUCCCCAAUAGCCAUAAAGUCCGUAGAAUUUUUUCGUCGACGUCGCGGGGUGCGCAUAAGUCGCAGCGAAUCGGGCGAAAAACGCACCGUGCAAGUUCUACGGACUUUAUGGCGCGACAGUAUUUUAUUUUUGCAAAUUCUUUGACCAGCUAGCCAAUGAGUUGAAGUCAAAAUUUUCUGUCAUUUUAACUGUCAAAUUGAACUUUCUUGGAAAAUUUUCGUAGAUUUUUGCUAUAAUAAAAAAUCUUAUGAAUUUAAGAUUUUUAGGAACUGAAUUGAUCCUUCUUGGCAAAACGACGGAUGAAAAAAGCAAAAAAAAACUAGUUACAAUUAAUAUUAACGGUAUUCAUCGUAGUCUAUUUUAAACUUCCUAUACCAGAAUUUUUAAUUUCUCCACACAUACGAACAUGACCGAAAUUUGACGUCAUUUUAAAAAAAUUCUGUCAAAUUAGCAGCCCUACAUAGCAGGAUUGCUAAAUUGGUCACAUAGGCCGUUUUGUGAAAAAUAAUUAUAUGUUUGAAAGGUUUGCUAAAAACAGCUUUUUUAUGACACAGUAAUCCAAAUAUGUUUUUAUGAUAAAACGACCAAUGUAUUUACUAAAUACUUACCAUACUAACUGGUAUUUUUUUUAACUGUCAUGGCUCUAUCGUUUUGAAAUGUCCUACGGUCAAAUAAUUUUUUUUAAAACCGAGUGGCCCUAUUGCAAACGGAGUGUAUCAGAAAUCCUUUGAUUACAGAAGGGAGAAGGGCAGAACGUUGGAAAUCCUUUUAAUAAAGAGUAUAUCAAUUGCUUCUUCAAGGAAGGAAUUCUGCGACCCACCAGAUUCGAAGCCGAGUGCAGAGAAUUUAUUGACGCUGGCUCUGUAACAAGAUUCUGGGGGAAUUACAGAGAAAGAUACAACGAACAAGUGACCUGUUGGUUGGAUGAUGACUGUAAUGUCGGAGCAAUUGCACCAGCUAUCGUACCCUCAGGCACUAUAACCAGACGUGCUGUCCACAAACUCUGGCUUACAUCGGCGAAUGCUAAAGAGGGAAUGCUGGGAUCGGAUCUUAAAUCUAUGGUCCAAUGCAGUCCAGGUUGGAAUCUGGUGGGGGCUGAUGUAGAUUCUCAGGAACAAUGGCUAGCCGCUUUAUUUGGGGACUUCCUAGAAGGAAAGCAAAAGGCUGGCUCUACUGCUUUCAGCAAUAUGCAGUUGGCCGGAACCAAAUCAACUGGGACGGACCUGCACACUGUAGUCGCUGAAUCGGUCGGAAUCAGCAGGAAUAAUGCCAAAGUCCUUAAUUAUGCGCGUCUCUAUGGGUCUGGCAUGAAUCAUGCUAUAGAUUUCCUUGUGCAGAAAGGUAUUUCGAGAGAAGUGGCCAAGGAAACAGCCAUGAAAUUAUUUGACACCACAAAGGGAACCUCAGGACGGUGGGUCAACCUCUCUCUGCAUCCAAUCUUUUAGUUACCGUGAAUUACAACCUCAUCUAAUACCAUACUUCGAACACUUUAUCCAACAAAUAUGCCCAAAGGACUUUGCAAAUACUCAUCUGGUGUUGGGGAAACGAUAUUUUCUGACUAUUGGAAACCCCACAGAUCGGUAAGAGAUCAGGCCGCUAUAUUUGUAAAAAUAAAUUCAGAAUCCAAAGCACGAUCUUCGAAGAUUGGCUUCGUCACAACAUGUCAGCAGAAUUAGAAGUCCAAGGAAUCGAAUUGGACGGGAGGCACUUCUUGAACACGGUUUAUGUCAACUACCCUACUUCGUACACUUUGUUUAAGGAUGGAUUGUAAGUAUAUUUGAGUUAAUUCUAUCUCUGUUUUGUUCAGUGAAUCAGCCACAUUCAACUUCCUUGAGAUCCAGGCGCAAAAUCCGGAACCACGAACUCCCAUCCUUGAAUGCCGUUUAACUCAAGCCCUGGAGCCGUUACCUCAGUCAGUUAUGGGACAUGAUGAUUUUCAGAUGAAAUACAAAAGAACUUCCAUUAAUUGGGUUGUCCAGUCCAGUGCCGUCGACUUUCUUCAUCUUCUUUUAGUCUGCAUGAAAUGGCUUUGCCAAGAAUACGAUAUACGGGCACGGUUUGUAAUCUCUAUUCAUGACGAGGUAAGUAAAGUUUCAAUCAUACAUGGGAAAAAUAGAUUCGAUUCCUAGUUCACGAAGAAGAUAAAUAUCGCUGUGCUCUAGCUUUAUCUCUGUGCAAUCUCCUGGUUAGAGGUGCAAUAAUGGAGAAGCUGAACAUUAAAGAACUGCCGGCCGUAAGUUCGAGUACCGUUAUUUAAAGCAAUUCCCGGUAGUCGAUUGCAUUCUUCAGUCAAGUUGACAUAGAUACAGUACUAAGAAAGGAGGUGGAUACUGUGUGUAUAUUGCCGGACGGGACGGAAGUGGAAGCCGGUGAAGGUCUCACAAUCGAACAGAUAAUCGAAAAGACAAACGGAUCUCUCAAGAAAUAA